AUGACUACCAGCUUCAGCGAUGAGCACUCGCCUUUGCUGCGAACAGGUGCGCAGCGCAUCGGCCGUCGUACACGCCUCCUGGUGAGCGGUUUGGCGCUAUUGCUGCUGUUCGCAGGAGGUGCGGCUUGCGUCGCCAUCGUCCUGCGUCUGUUACGACCUAAGGGUGGAUCGUCCAUCACUCCGCUCAUUCUUUCCGAAGAGUACGACGCCAUCGUCAUCGGCGGCGGCCCGGCGGGCUCUGUAGUGGCCAAAUUGCUAAGCGACGAUCCAUGGCGACGCGUGCUACUAAUCGAAGCUGGCAACGCAUCACAGACUCAACUGGGUGGAAAGGUGGGGCAACUGGACACUAGAAAAGAGGACGCGAUCCCGUCGCCACUCAACACGAAGAAAUUGACGCCGUUCGACGUGCCAUUCUACUGGACCAAUGUGGCCAACACGCCGUCGCUCCAUUGGGCGUAUCCAGACGUGAAUGUGGCCAAGGCUCUGGGAGGAUGUGGCAUCCACAACGCCAUGCUCUACGUGCGAGCGCUGCCGUCGGAUCUGGAGAGAUGGCAGAUGGAAAACUGGACGUGGGAUAAAGCGCUCGACAUUUACUUGUCGAUCGAGGACUUUGACGGGCCCAACUCGAGCUAUCACAGCACUCAGGGGUUCAUUCGAAUUAGUCCUCCGUCGCUGGAACAUGACAUGUCCAGGGAGUUCGUGAAAGCGUGUACGGAGUUGGGAAUCCCGCGUACUGCGGACUUUAACGCACCUGGCGGACGAUACGGCGCCGGGUACUACCACUUCAACACGCGUGACGGUGUUCGUGAAAGCGCAGCCAAGGCGUUUCUAGGACCCAUUCUGGACAGCAAGACUGCAGAAUCUACGCGAGGAAACUUCCGCUUGAUGCUGGACACGACAGUCACCAGAAUCAGCAUCAACGAGGACAACGUGACCGAAGGGGUCGAAGUACGCUUCGGUAAUGGCACAAUACAGCUGAUUCGCCUUGCUGAGCACGGAGAAGUUAUCGUCACGGCUGGUGCGAUUAAUACACCAAAGAUUCUGAUGCUCUCUGGACUUGGCAACCAAGAUACACUCAAGAAAGCUGGAUUGCCGCUGAAGAAGCACUUGCCUCGUGUAGGAAUGAACCUGCAGGACCACCCCGUGAUUGGAAUGAUAUUCGAGCUCAAGUCCCCACGCGUCGUUGAUCUCAAAGCGGAUCUGGACGCGUACUUCACCGCCACGAACGCCGAACACGCCAACGCAUCCAGUUUCGGUUUGUUUGGCUCUGCUGGUCUCAGUACUGGAGCAUUCCUGAUCCCUCCCGGAGCGACGCUACCACAAAUCCAGCUUACUCUGUUUCCUCGAAAGUCGGAGCCCCACAUGUCAAACAGCGCGGGACUCGAUCACAUGACUGAAGUUGUUGUGACGAUCGCGCUUCUGCAUCCUCUCGCGCGUAGUCGUGUCGUGCUCAUUCACGACGAGGACGACGCUGUUGACGACAAUGACAUCGAUGAUCACUUGAUCCCACGUGUUGUGUCGGAAGUUCCCGAUACCAAACCUGAGCACCUCACACACGGUGACGUCUGGAAAAUCUCUUGGGCCAUCGGAGUGGUGCGCGAGAUUGCCGCAAAGCUUGGUGAAAAGAACUUAAUCGGACGCGAGAUCUCCCCAGGCACCGACAUCACGUCUUCGAGAGACUUGAACAACUGGGUGUUCGACAAUGUAUUCCGCAAUUCUCACUGGGUCGGUAGUGCGUCCAUGGCAACUACCGAGGACGAGGGUGUUGUAGACAGCCAUCUUCGUGUGUUUGGUAUCCAAAACCUGCGCGUAGCUGACGCGUCCGUCAUCCCGCUUAUCCCCAACGGCAACGUGCACUCGACGGUAGUGAUGGUAGCGAACCGUGCAGCACAACUUCUGCGUGAAGAUCGAUGGCAACCUGGGGCCUCGUCGGACGAGCGGGAGCAUCUAUCUACGAAAUAUCAAAAAUCCGGGAGCACAGAUUCGUAGGUGAUGGCUAAACAAUGUUGGUACAAUGUACCAUUUUGGCUUGAUCUUUAGAACACCAAAAAUUACACUAAGAUCGAAUAGGUAAGAUUUUCCAUAAAUUAAAAUCUGGUACUUUA